AUGUCAGCAAUUCCACCCGCGUCGCCGGGCAAGAAGCGAACACUCCCCGAUAUUUCCGCUCCGAUUAGCGGGUCGCAGGGCGGGUCUGUGUCUCCAUUAGGCAAGGCUGCGGGUCAACCGAACUCGCCUUGGUCGCUGAUUAGCUCCGCAAAGAAUGUCAGAGCGGCAGGAUCAACGUCAUCCUUCUCCUCGUCUGUAUCUUCGCGGUCGUUUUCACUUCGAGGCCCUCCAUCUGCAUAUGGAGUAAGAUCGCAUCUCCCGCCUGUUCCAGGAGGAUGGGUUUCAUCAUCAUUGAUUACUGGGCCAAUCUCACGAAAAUCGUCAGAAAUAUCGAUUCGGCAUGGCGGAGUAGAGAGGGACAACAGCAGUUCUGCCAUACUAGCUGGGAAUGAUAAGCAGGACGUGUUAGGGGCAGACAUUACUGGUAGCAAAACUGCAAUGACUGUCAGAGCCGCAUCAGAUCGACGACCAACCAUGACGAAAGGACAGGGCAAUGGUCUCUCACACCUACCGUUUGGUGUCCAGCAAGGUGUUUUACUUCCGGGUCUCCGAGCUGGAACUGCCCCGUCCAUCCAUGGUCGCAAGUCAUUAGUUCCCCCACUACAUUCGAGAACCGCCAACAACCACGUUCGUGGUGUCAUGGCUGCACUUGCACACUCUGAAAACACGCGUGAUCAAUGGCAGUAUGCGCGGGACAAGUGGAAAUUGGCCAUUAAUGCUAUCCGGCGACUUGUCAGAGCCACAUCCUUGUUUCGGUUGGGACCUAUGGCGAGCAUUCUGCCUGCGUUUAUCCAAGAAGAAAACAAUAAUCUUGCCAAAAAGGCAAUCAAGCCGCCUGAAGCGGUGGCCAAAUCGAAGAUUCACCUCCUCCUUUCAAAACCUCGCGGCCUUCGAACAAACGCUGAUUUUGCUGUAGUCGAUCCGUAUCUUGUGAAAUUACUCCCAUGCCUACAGCGCCUUAGUUCCGCCCAACGCAAGCAAAUGUAUUUAGGUUCCCUGUCUUACGAAGUUCACCCCCCGCGCACAAUGAUACUCCGCGACAGUGGCACUGCAGAGAGUGUAUAUUUUGUUCUCUCAGGCUCUGUAGAAGUUUAUAAAGACCAUCGUGGUGUCCGGCUAAAGCAGAACUUGGUUGGUCCGGGUGGAAUUGUGGGAGAUGUUUCGGCGCACCAUUUACUCGCUGGAAGUGGUACGAAACGAUUCAUGAACGUGAUAUGUUUAGGUUUUUGCGAGUUUCUGCGAAUGGAUCUGGAUGAGUAUGUUCAUAUCAUGUUCGGGCACGAUGGUAGCAACAUUGACAAUCUUGUUAGCCUUCUCAACUCUCACCCCAUAUUUCAAAACGCCUACGAAACAACUCUACUUAAAGCCGCGCAAAAUUCCGUUCUUGGCACUUUUCCCGCUGGUUCAACCAUCAUUAGCCAAGAUGAAGUCGCGGAGCGCAUUUUCGUUCUUUGUAAAGGGACCGCGAGAGCCGUUCGAGGCGUUCCGUUCGUUCGAACGCAUACCGUGCAAACUGGUGCAGGAACGGUGAUACCACAGCAGGUCAUACAGCCAUUCAGCGGAGAUAGAGAUCCCAAAACAGGCGAGGAGCUGUUUGUCGAGGAAGUGUUUGUUUCCAAUAUCGGACCUGGGGGCACGUUCCCUGCCUUGACAUUGCCCGUAGGAAUGACAUUGGAUCCGACAAAAGCUAAAACAGCCGAAUUUUGGCCUCGAUCUCAACCCGCCCCUCAGCCCAACCCCAUACCAAACCAGGUCCCUGCACCGAGUCGCACCAUCACUUUUCAACAAGAUCCAGUUCCCCUAAACUUUGCUGAUAUAACUGUAUACGCUGAAACCGAAGUUCAAUGUGCUGUCUUUACGGUAGAGGCUUUCCUCAAACUGGCAACAAAUGAAAUGGUGGACUAUGUGUUACAGCAGUCGAAAGAGUUCAAGAUUCCGGUGGAGGCUUUACAGGAACAAUAUUUACGGGAGCUCCGCGCUGGAUUGGGUUCAGACGCCGCGAGACUCUCUGGCGAGCUGGGUGGGGGUGUGAGUAUCCUCAUGCCAGAAGGGCGAAGAGCGGUGAAAUAAGUAUAGAUUGUACAUACAUCAUUUUGACAUCCUUAAUCUAUUGACUUUAAUGAUACAGUUACUCC